AUGGCGACGGUCCGAGAGAUGCAACUACUGCUCCGACAGAAACUCGAAGAGGUCCGUCAGAGGGACCGACUUAUCGACGAGUUGGAAAAAGAACUCGAGGAGAAAGACCUACUCAUUGAAAAACUAUGGAAACAACUUGAAAAGUAUAAGUCCAUCCUCGAAGCUCAGAAGCGGGUCGAAAAAAUUAACCGAGUUCGUUGUAAUUGUCUUAGAGAUCGAGUCGGUAUUGAGAAUGGCUCGGCACAGCCUCUUUACGGUAAUCUGUUGAAUGUCGAGAACAGCGGGUACAAGUUUAACGUCGAUGAUUGCGAUGUUGUCGGUAACGCAGCCGCUGAAAAAAAUGACGCGAAGCCUGAACUUAAUAACAGCAGUAAUGAAAAAAAGGUUUCCAGUAGGGAAUGUCCAUGUGGAAGAAGUAACUGCAGCGGCGAUUGCAGCCACACUCAUCGAGUUAGCAUCAUCGAAAAUUUUUUCCUAACCAAUAUUGAAAACUCACCGAACAAAUCGCAAACAAGACCGACAAAGUCGACGAGUUUUGGAGGGGGUGCUAUCAGUCCUUUCUUCUUAACAACUGCCUCAACAACAUCCACCACAACGCCCAACGCUACGACGACGUCCAUUGCCAAAAAAUUAAUAGCUUCAAAAUCAACCAGCUGCAAACCUCGACACAGCAUUUCCUCGCGUCUGUCGCUAAUGAGUGCCGAGAAGCUGACUUUCGUACCCCUUAUCACUCCAUUUCUAUUAACGACCAAACCAGCGACAACAACUUCACUUUCGUCUCUCGUCUCGCCCUCGGCCACAACGACCAAGAACAUCACCAACGCAAUCAUCCCUCCACCGCAAGCCACGUGCACGCCCACCGUCGCGGCAAUUCCGACCAGCCCCGUGGAGAUAUGCAUCGAUGGUGUCGGCGCUGAUGAAACGAAGAAGAAGGCAGACCAUUCCAAGAGCCGGCCCAAGUUCGGACGCCACUCCCUUUCCAUGAACCAUCCUUCCAUCGCCAACAAUAGGCGUAGUUUCAACGAGGAACUUCCAACCGAACAUUUCGACCGCAGCUUCAACUUUGCCAAAGAAAGUUUAAACAUCGCUAGCAUGCAGGAUAAAGACAAUAACCAAAAAAGCCUUACAAUUAAUCAAAAUGUACAUCGCAGUUUCGAAGACAACCACAAAAUGACAACCACAAAAAUCAAUCUCAAUGACGAUGUUUCUAUAACGUGUAAUCGCAAAAACGAAGAUGAUAAAACCGACAAUGGCAACAACACUGAUCCGCUCAUUCAAAUAAAAACGCCAUCUCCAACUCGGUCGAGUACCGACGAUACCGACUACAAAUCGAGCGAGCGAGUCAAACGAAUAGCCAUAUCGGCUGAGCCAGCCAGCGCUCAGCUCUUCUCGUUAAACAUGCUUUUGAACAGUCUCACCAGAGUUUCUAAAAGUAAAAAGUUCGUUGCGGUGUAG